CCGGCAGUGUCUGUGGCGGUACAUCCUAAAGCAAUGGCGGCGGGUGGAAGCGAUCCUCGGGCUGGCGACGUAGAAGAAGACGCUUCCCAGCUCAUCUUUCCCAAAGAGUUUGAAACAGCCGAGACACUGCUAAACUCCGAAGUUCACAUGCUUCUGGAGCAUCGAAAGCAGCAGAACGAGAGUGCAGAGGACGAGCAGGAACUUUCUGAGGUCUUCAUGAAAACCCUGAACUAUACAGCCCGCUUCAGCCGAUUCAAAAACAGAGAAACCAUCGCCAGUGUUCGUAGCUUGCUUCUCCAGAAGAAGCUACAUAAGUUUGAGUUGGCCUGUUUAGCCAAUCUUUGCCCGGAGACUGCUGAAGAGUCCAAAGCCCUGAUUCCAAGCCUGGAAGGGCGUUUUGAAGAUGAGGAACUGCAGCAGAUUCUCGAUGAUAUCCAGACAAAGCGCAGCUUCCAGUACUAAUCGCCAGACAUGGCUCUGUUCCUCGAGACAGCUCCAGACAGCACCACAAUCAGAACCCUGCUGGGCCUCGUGCAGGAAUGUGGCUUCGGAAGACACUGGGACUUCUUUCAUAGUUUUUGCUUUACUGAGAUAGAAUGUCUGGGUAGUUCUCAGAGUCCUCCUGCCUCGGUCGCCCAAGUGCUAGGAUUACAGGUGUGAGCCAACGCUUACUGCUUGGCUCUUGGAGAAGAAACAAAGGCUGGCUGUUGGUGCUUUCUUCAGAGUGACUAGUAGACCGUGAUUACUAUCCAUUCUCCUUGCAGUGUUAUAAGGCUGCUACGAUCAAGUGUGCUGCAGUCCUGAGCUCGUGAGGUAGACUGAUGUUAAACAUUUGCUGACUACCUCUCACUGUGGUUUUUUUGGAUCCCAUGUUAUUUUUUGUUCUUGACAUUUCAAUUUUUAAUGUCAAUGUAUUUUGUAGUUUUUGAAGCUAAUAUUAUAUAUAAAAAUCUUGUAUAGGGGAGGAAUGUUUUUACUUUGUUGCAAAGGGGAGAGAUAAAGAACCAGAACACUUCA